GUGAAGCAGGAAAUGGUGUCCGUCAGGUCCAGCAGGGCAUUUUUCAGUAGGCAGUCAGUCACGAACCCUCGAAGCUGACACGCAACCCGUCUUAUUGUCAGAUGCUGUGUCGGUGUCGGGCUCCUUGUSUUUAGAAACAUGUUUGUAAGUGAAAAGAAUCGGACUUUGAGUCGGACUUUGAGGACGUAGCAGGAACCCCAGACUAAAACUUGAGAACGCUGCUCAUGCUGUACGGUCCUUGCAGAGGAAUGGCUAAAGAACAGGGACAAGGCAGGGCGGAAACUUUGGUACUGGCUGGAACAAACGGUCACAAUGGUGCGCAGUGGCAGGCCGACGUGAACAACUCGAAGCAGASCCGGCCUGCUGCCACUAACCGCACGUCCAGGAUGGCCCGCGUCGCCUCAGACGUCAGACAUAAGUGCGCAGCCUACGUGCUGGCCCUGAGGCCGUGGAGCUUCAGCGCCUCGCUCACGCCCGUGGCUCUCGGUAGCGCCUUGGCGUACAAACUGGAGGGCUCUGUAGACCUGGUCGUCCUGAUGGUGUGCGCAGUGGCUGUCCUGGUGGUCCACGGCGCAGGAAACCUYGUAAACACCUACUAUGAUUUCUCUAAGGGAAUUGACCAUAAGAAGAGCGAUGACAGGACUCUUGUAGAUGAAAUCCUGGCACCACAGGAUGUUGUCAUGUUYGGCGCUUUGCUGUAUUCUUUGGGGUGCUUGUGUGCCACUCUGCUCUACUUCCUGUCYACACUUAAACUGGAGCACCUCGCCCUUAUUUACUUUGGGGGACUCUCCAGCUCUUUUUUAUACACCGGAGGCAUCGGCUUGAAGUACGUGGCCCUGGGAGACAUCGUAAUCCUCAUUACCUUYGGCCCCCUGGCCGUCAUGUUUGCCCACGCGGUGCAAGUCGGCCACCUGUCGGUGCUGCCCCUGGUCUACGGCGUCCCCCUGGCCCUCAACACGGAGGCCAUCCUCCACAGCAACAACACCAGAGACAUGGACUCGGACAAGCAAGCGGGAAUCGUCACCCUGGCCAUCCUCGUAGGCCCCACCCUSUCCUACGUCCUCUACAACCUCCUGCUCUUUGUCCCGUACGUGCUCUUCUGCAUCCUCGCCACCCGUUACACCAUCAGCCUGGCUCUGCCUCUGCUCACGCUGCCAAUGGCCUUCUCCCUGGAGAAACAGUUCAGGAGCCGAUGCUACGCCAAGAUCCCACAGAAAACAGCCAAGCUCAACCUCCUCAUGGGAAUUUUCUACGUUUUCGGGAUCAUUCUGGCGCGUCCUGGCAGCUUGCCACUAUUGUGAUUUAUUAGAUUUCAUAUGUCAUACUUUGUUUUAUUACUGACUAGUUUAUUGUAUUUCUUUCUGUUUGUACAAAUUAAUUCGAAGGCUUUUGCUGGCUUUAAUAUAUUAAUUUAUGAGCUGAACGGAAUUAGGUUAGAGGCUCCUCUCAGACGUAAUGAUGCAGGUUUCUUUGCAGUAUUAAGCGGUUUAUGGUGUGUUUGAAUUAAGAAAUGUUUGUCGUUUUAAAGGACUGAAAGACAGGUUAGGAGCCAGUUGCUGGAUUCAUAUUUCUUAAAGAUAAUCAGUUAUUGCCACAAACACACAAAGAAUAAAAUUAAUCUGUUUUUGUAUGGCACAUUAA